UGAUAACACCAAAAGGUCCAAAACCCCGUCGAUUAAGCGCCGAAAAGACUUUCCCCCAAAGUGCCCGCGCCCCACGGCCCAAGUGAAAAGUAAACCCUCUACCCUCUCUGAGCGGCAAAGGAUCGAAUACUGGAGCGGCAAACACGCUACUAAACAGCAAAAGCCACAACUCAUGGCAUCUUUUUCUUAAGAGCAGCAGAGAUCUAUACUUGCUAGCUCAUUUUCCUCUAAUUGCAUACAAUGUUCGGCACUCCAUCCUCAGCGCCUGCAUUUGGCACUCCAUCCUCUGCGCCUGCAUUUGGUACGCCCUCUUCAACUCCGGCGUUUGGUACUCCAUCUUCGACUCCGGCCUUUGGAGCUCUGUCUUCGACUCCGGCCUUUGGAGCUCCAUCGACGCCGUCUUUCGCCACCGGCUUCGGCUCCUCCCUUUUCUCCACCCCAUUCUCGUCUCAAACGCAACAGCAACAACAGACUCCGUUUUUUCUGCAGCCGUCUACUGGUUUAGGAUUUCAGACUCCAUUUGCUGCUCCUCAGACGACGCUGUUCCCUAAUGCUCAACUUAUUACUCAGAUGGCCCCUGUGGCUCCGCUUCCUUUCUCGCUCCCUGAUCGUGAUAUUCAGGCGAUUGUGGAUGCUUACAAGGAGGAGCCAGGAAACCCUAAGUAUGCGUUCAAGUAUUUGUUGUUUAGUGUAACUGAUCCACAGCAUAGAGUGAAGCCUGCUGGUGUAUCAGAUAUCAUGUGGGCAGAGGCUAUGGCAAAGCUAGAGGGCAUGGAAAGUUCGGAUAGAGAACGAUUGUGGCCUCAGCUUAUUGAAGGUUUCAAAGAUCUUUCUCACCGGCUUAAGCUCCAAGAUGAAGUUAUUGUUUCCGAUGCUGAGCGAUUGCGAAUGACCCAAAGCAAUGUAAAGAUGCUUCAAAGGCAUUUUCAAGCUGAGACUCUUCCCUGGAUUGAAAGAAUGAGGCAAAAAGAGCAGAGUCUUCAAAGGCGUCUUUUAAGGAUAAUGAGAAUAAUGGAGGCAUUGGAGGGUAAGGGUUACCGAAUGCCCUUAAUGAAAGGGGAAGCUGAAUUGGCUGAGAAGUUGGCUGCAAUAACCAGACAGUUGAAAGGAUCUGGAGCUGAACUUUCUAGAAGGGUUCAGAACCUACUCACUGUAUCACGUGUUCAAGCAAAUGCCAUCGGAGCUGGUGGUUCUAUUUAUCUUCCAGGAUCAACCAAAAUACAUGAUCAGAGUCUUGCUGAUAUGCAGGAGGUUUUACAACAGCAGACGGAAGCCAUAGCAAGGCUUGGCAAUGUAUUGAAGCGAGAUAUGAGAGACAUGGAAAUUAUAAUGGCAGUGGACACAGAAAUGACAGAAGAUGUAAGCUAACGAGAUGAGGCAUCAGGGAGCACUUGCUGCAUUUGUCUUGAUUCUUUUGACGCCUUGAAAUUUUGCGAUUGAUCUAGUUGGAAUGGUGCUAAUAUGGUCCAAACUCACUUUGUUUUUGCAAUGGGCAAAAUAGGCCUUGUUUUUUGCACUGAUUUUAUCGUAGUCCUCCGUGUUGUAUCAAGGAAAAAAAAGAUCUGCAAUGAUGGCUGGUGAUGUGUGAUUUCUGAUCCCAGGCAUGCAUGUUCUAUUGCGUUAACUGGACUGUCAGGAAAACACUGUAUGUCGAGAACGGUGCCUAGUAGUUAACCUGCAUCAUCUGGUAAACUGUAUUUCUCACUUGACUGUCCACUUGUUUGCACUCGAGCUAUAAAUAUUCUACGUAGUUCA